AAGAUUUUAUUGCAGAUCUGCAUCAGAUCUUUGGCCAAAUCUUGGCACAUCUGCAUUGCAGAAAAACUGCAGAUUGCAGAAUCUUUACAGAUUCUGCAAAGAUUUUUGCAGACCGAGUUUUUUUGGGUGUGGCGCACCUAGAUUUUGCUAACGAGUAAGAUGGGAAAUUUAAAAAAUUUUGAACGGAUCCUCAGCGAUCUUUUAUUCGUUCAUAAACAUUGGAUCUUUUAGUAAUUCAAAACAUUUUUUAAAUUAAAUCAAGAUCCCAGGGGCGUGGAAAACAGUACCUGCGUCCGAUUAUUAUAUUUAGCUGCUUCGCACCGCAUUUACAAAUGUCACUAGCGUGAUUGCCGACUAGUUUGUAUUUAGUGCUUCGAAAUGUUAUCUUUCUUUUAGUACACAUGGUAGUUGAUACUGAAUCCAUAACAACAACCGCUCCAUCCUCAGUCGUCAAAAUUCGUGUCGAUUUACAGGUUAUCAAUGAAGUGCGUACAACAUUUACCGGAACAUUUGAAAAAUAUGGCACGAAACGUGGUCGUGGUAAAAAACGUUGUACCGUUUUAAUGUUAAAUAUUUGUGAAUUGCAAACGUCCAAGCCGAUGUGUGAUCAUUUGUGGUUCAAUCGAACAAAAGGGUUUGAACAACUUCAGUUGACGAAAGGACAACAAGUGCAGUUUAAUGCAAGAGUUAAAACCUAUCGAAAAGGAUCAAUCAAACGUGGUAUACCGAUAGUGUACGAUUAUAAGUUAAGUCAUCCAACAAAGUUUAAAAAAUUAUAA